AUGAGGGGAUUUCAGGAUUCAGAUGGGCAAGGCGGUCGACGAUGGGGGACUGGGAUCAGCGCCGCAUCGGACGGAACAGGAAUGGAAAGCAGCGCCACGGGAUACGAGAGGAGUUUCGGCGGUGGUUAUGGGGCCGCUGUUAGCGGCGGCGGCGGCGGUGGUGGGUUAAGGUCGCACCGUUCCGUUUCGUUGGAUCCUAGACAAGCCAUUCCAGAGGACUGGAUAGACAGGUACGACGAUUACGGCGACAGAAACGGCGACACGAAUGACGACUGGGGAGGCUACGGCGGAGGGGGAGGGGGAAGGGGAGGAGGGGGAGGGGGUGAUGGCGGAGCAGCGGGAGGGGGAUCCGGCGCGCGGGGUGGGGGAGGUGGCGGGAAGCGGGAGUGCUGGACCGCCUGUCCGUACGCUCCUGGGGAUGUGAUUCUGGUGAAGUGUUCCAAAACGAGGUGGUGCUACGGCGAGGUGCUCAAGGUGACGGAGGACGGCGUGCGACUGUGGGUGGACGCCGUUCGCAGUCGCAUCGACGUGCCGCUCUCGCUCGUCGCGUCGCACCUCUCGUCCGACCCCUCCGUGCUCUCCGGAGACGCCGCCGGAGACGCGCGCGACGCUGGCGCUGCGGGGUCGGCGGCAUCGGGAUUGUCGGGCGGCGGUGGUGCGGGCAGGGACGGCGCGGGCGCGGGCAGGGAUGGGAGUCCGGUGGGAGAUGAUGGGCUGUCGGGCACGGGCGGGAGGCAUCGUGGGGGUGGUGGUGGUGCUGCUGGUGGUGCUGGCAAGAGGAGCUCUGCGCACCAUGGGACCAGGACCGCGCAAAGCGGGCGCGGCGGCGGCGGCGGCGGCGGAGGAGGAGGAGGAGGAGGAGCGGGGGGCGCGGCGAUGGGGACGUGCUCGACGUGCACGCUGGCGAUUCGCGAGCUGCCGGUGGUGGGGUGGGAGUGCGGGCACAAGUCGCACUUCGCGUGCGUGGGACGGCGCCUCAACAAGGGCCUUACCGACUGCGCUUUCUGCCUCACGGUCAAGCCGCAUGCAAGGGGAGCAGUGGACGCAUUACUGGAGGAGGUGUGGUUCUGGUGUGUGUGCGGGCACCACUGCACCAUCGAUGCUCUGGAAGAGGACCCCGCAUCCAAGAGCUUCUGCUGCCCCCUCUGCCAGUAUGACCCGUGGAGCGUCACCAAGAGCAACGGUCUCAUAUCCCAUCGCAGCCUGGGCCAGCAGCAGCAGCAGCAGCAGCAGCAGCAGAAUCAGCAGCAGCAGCACUACCACUCUACCGCCCUGCCCCCUGCUUCCGCAUCCCCUUCCCUCACUACCGCCCCCCGCUCUCUCUAUGCCAACCGCGUUUCCGGUCACUCCGACCCGGAUCUAACACUCAGCUAUCUCCCCAGAAGACCUCCUGCAUCCACCCCUCCUCCCUCCUCCUCCUCCUCCUCCACCACCGCUCCCUCCCUCUCUCCCAUCUCCCACCACUCGCAGCACCCCUCUGCCGCGUCCUCUGCUGCCUCUCCCCAACUGAAACCGAUAGAGAGAACCCUAUCCACGGACCUUACUCCGUCCAUGUACCUCCGAGUGUCGACUCUAGAUCGCAACCCCCGCAGCUCUUCUUAUACUUCCGCUUCUGCUUCUGCCGCUGCUGGUACCCAUGGUGCUGGGGCUAGCUCAAGUAGUGCCGGUGGUGGUGGUGGCGGCGGCGGCAGUGCAAGCAGCAGGAGCAGCGUUGCUGCUGCGGCGGCUGCAGCAACAGCAGAGGCGUUCCCCCAGUUUGUGCGCACCGCAACACUUGACAAUGCCACACUGGGACGGGUGAAGCCAAUCGAGCCAGACAUGGGAUUCGGGGGAACGGUAGGGGGAGGAGGGUUCGGAGGAGGAGGAGGAGGGGGGGGAGGGGGAGGAGGGGGAGGAGGGGGAGGAGGGGGAGGAGGGGGAGGGGGAGGGGGAGGGGGAGGGGGAGGGGGAGGGGGAGGGGGAGGGGGAGGGGGAGGGGGAGGGGGAGGGGGAGGGGGAGGGGGAGGGGGAGGGGGAGGGGGAGGGGGAGGGGCAACAUGUGGUGGUCUUGGUAGCUCUGGCAGCGGUGGUGGUGCGUUCGGUGGGGGGGGGGCAGGUGGAGCGGCAGGGGGUUCGAGAGCGGGAGGAGGGGGGGUGGUGGUGAGUCGGGGGGUGGUGGGGCCGCGGAGGAUGCGCAUGGAGCACUCGCACUCCCCGGAUUUCGACUUCAACCUCCGAACGGGUGCAUCUGCCUUGAACAGCAGCGAACCCGAUGCUGCUGCUGCUGGUGGGAAUGUGAAACACGGGCGGACAUCGAGUGGGGUUGCAGCAGGAGGAGGGGGGGGAGGCGGGGGACUAGCGGAGCGGUCGACCGGAGCAGGGGCAGCAGGAGGCGGAGGUAGCAGUGGGGGAGGAGGAGCUGGAGGAGGAGGAGGAGGAGGAGGAGGAGCAGGAGGAGGGGGAGGAGGGGGAGGGCUGGCAGGGUUAUCACGCACGUCGUCUAUGGAGCUACCCCCGAGUGCCACUGCCACGGGCAGGCGCAAGGGCCUGUCAGGAGGCGGAUCCCUCACUCCCCUGCCUCAGCAGCGUUACCGUGCCGGUGGCGGCUCCCCUCUGGAAUUCCCUGACCUUGACAUUAGGCGCAUCAGCCCCCAGGGCCUCCCCCGCCCCUCCUCUCACUCCUCGCACGUUUCCUCUAAUGCUAUUGCUGCUGCUGCUGCUGGCGGUGGCGGUGGUGGUGGCGGUGGCGGUGAUGGUGGGUUAGGGUCCAGGGAUUCGGAUAAUUAUGGGUUUGCUCCUACUGGUAAUGGUGGGAAUGGUGGAGGGGAAGGGUUUUGGGCUGGAGCAGGAGGAGGAGGGGGAGCAGGAGUGGGAGGGGGAGGGUUGGGUUUGCUGCGCAGUUCCAGUGAUGGGCAUGCGCUGAGCCACGGUCUGGUAACAGAGGCAUCAGCAGCAGGCACGGCUUUCUAUGACGAUUUCUCCCAGUACUCUGGUGAAGGAGCAGCAGCAGCAGCAGCAGAAGGGCCGGCAGACAUGAGUGCAGUGAGUCCGCUGCCCCCUCUCCCCGGCACGCGCUCUGGAGCCAUGCCGCGGCGCCGCAGGAACUUUCCCGACGACGACGCGCGCGCACCGGGCAGUGACGAGGAGAACCCGUCCUGUGGUGCUGCCGGCAAUGGGUCCUUAGAGCGAGGAGGUGGCAUGAUGGGCAGCGGUGGGGGCAUGGGUGGAGCGCGGGGAGUGGGAGGUGGUGGUGGGACCAGCGGGUGCGGGGAGAAGAAGGGGAGCGGGGGGGCGGUCAGGGGGAGUCAGAGUGAGCUGAUUAGGGUAGUGUUGCGACAGUGGGCAGAUGGGCAGAUGGGAAGGAAUGUGCAAUCCAGGAGAGGUGCAAGGGAGUUUGUCCAAGAAAAAGUGGUGGAGGGGAAGUGGUUCAGGGGAGUGGUGUGCGGUGGAUGCGUAAGUGAGCUCAAUAAGGAGGAGAAUGACGGAGGAGAUGCGUGGAGUGGUUCUGUGCGGCUGUGA